UCUAUAUCCACCACUCCUCCCUCCUCCCUUCACACACUCACACACCAGCACAAUGGGGCGUGUGAUCAGAGCUCAGCGUAAGGGAGCUGGCUCCGUCUUCAAAUCCCACACGCACCACCGCAAGGGCCCGGCGCGCUUCCGCUCCCUCGACUUCGGCGAGCGCAACGGCUACCUCAAGGGCGUCGUCACCGAAAUCAUCCACGAUCCCGGCCGCGGCGCGCCCCUCGCUCGCGUGACCUUCCGCCACCCCUUCCGAUUCCAGCACCAGAAGGAGCUCUUCGUCGCCGCCGAGGGCAUGUACACCGGUCAGUUCGUGUACUGCGGGAAGAAGGCGAAUCUCGUCGUCGGAAACGUGUUGCCGCUCAGAUCCAUUCCCGAGGGAGCUGUCGUCUGCAACGUGGAGCAUCACGUUGGAGAUCGCGGCGUUUUCGCUAGGGCUUCUGGAGAUUAUGCGAUUGUCAUCUCUCACAACCUCGAUAACGGAACCACAAGGGUGAAGCUCCCUUCCGGAGCAAAGAAGAUUGUGCCAAGUGGCUGCCGUGCCAUGGUUGGGCAGGUUGCCGGAGGUGGGAGAACUGAGAAGCCGAUGUUGAAGGCUGGAAAUGCCUAUCACAAGUUCAGAGUGAAGAGGAACUCAUGGCCCAAGGUUCGUGGUGUUGCUAUGAAUCCCGUGGAGCAUCCUCAUGGUGGUGGUAACCAUCAACAUAUUGGUCAUGCCAGUACCGUUCGUCGUGAUGCACCACCUGGCCAAAAGGUUGGUCUUAUUGCUGCCAGAAGAACUGGUCGUCUCAGAGGACAAGCAGCUGCUACAGCUGCUAAGGCUGAUAAGGCUUAAGUAUUCUAAUCUUGUUUUCUUUUUUAUCUAUAUCGAAUUUGAAUUGGAAUUUGGUUGUUGAAAUGCAACGUUUUGUUUAUGGCAUACUAAAUUUGUUUGGAUUAUUGAUUCUAUUUUUCUAAUAAUUGCUCCUUUAUUUUGUUUGAUUUCA